AUGCGUCCCCUUACGGAUGCGGAGACCACAACGCUCUUCGAAAAGCUUGCGCACUAUAUUGGAAAGAAUCUGGUACAUCUGAUUGACCGGCCGGAUGACCCGCACGUCUUCCGGCUGCAUCGCGACCGUGUAUACUAUGUGGCGGAGGCGACGAUGAAACUGGCCGUGUCGGUAGCACGCCCCAACCUCAUGUCGCUUGGUACUUGCUUUGGCAAGUUUUCUAAGACAGGCAAGUUUCGCCUGCACAUUACAGCGCUAGAUCACCUGGUGCAAUAUGCUCGCUACAAGGUGUGGAUCAAGCCAAACGGUGAGAUGCCUUUUCUCUAUGGGAACCACGUCGUCAAGGCGCACGUCGGACGCAUCACCGACGACACCCCCGAGCAUGCUGGUGUGGUUGUGCUUAGCAUGAGUGGCGUGGGACUCGGGUUCGGCGUCACUGCCCGUUCUACUGCGGAUACCCGGAACAUGGACCCGACGAACAUCAUCGUGUUCCACCAGGCCGACGUCGGCGAAUACCUUCGCGACGAAGAAACGUUGUUUUAA